AUGGAGCGUCGCAUAGCUGGCAUCAUCUACAUAUUAAUCACGUUUGCGCUCGUCAACGAGAUGUCCAUUAACGUGCAAGCCAGAGACAACAACAAGCGGCGCAGCAAGGAAAAGACCGGCGGCUUCCAAAAGAACAUAUGCGACAUAACAGACAGAGAUUCAAAAGUGCAUUGCUACUGCGAAAAUACAAGAGAACCUAGAAAUGCUACAAAAGCGGAAUGCUGGGUAUUCAACGGAGGAAUACCGCGCGACGAUCUCAUCUGGCAGAGUUUCGCCUCACAGCCCACUUUGCAAACUUUGUCAUUCAACGUCCGUGUCGAAGGGGCGCUCGGCUACGUUCCCACGAAAGCAUUAUACUACUUACAACGCCUCCGAUCUAUCAAUAUAAAAUACGGUAACAUUAUAGACGUGACACCAUUCGCCUUUGCAAAUCUAACUAACUUGAAAGAGGCGGGGCUGUCGCAGAAUCAAAUAGAAACACUUCAGCAAUACGCAUUCGCACACCUGCCGAAUAUAACGACGAUAAAUCUCGAAGACAACAUGAUUAUCGACAUCGAUACAGAGGCUUUUUAUGAUGUGCCAAAGUUGCAGAAACUUGUUUUCACAAAAAACAAUAUAUCAACGAUACGCAACGGCACGUUUCAGCACACUUUCAAUCUACUAGAGUUGGAUUUGAACAAAAACAACAUAUAUCAUCUGAACCGGAGGACUUUUGACGGAUUGGCCAACUUGAGGAAAUUGGAUUUGAGGAGAAACAGAAUACACAAUCUGACCGAGUUCACAUUCGCGGAGCUAUGGAACCUGCAAGAGCUGUUGCUGGGAAAGAACGAUUUAAAAUAUAUAUCGGAGCGAGCUUUCGAUGGGUUGUCGCAGUUGAAAAAGUUGUCCCUCGACGACAAUAAACUCGCCGCGCUACCGUCCGGGCUGUUUGAAGGCGUGCGCGGCCUGAGCUCCCUGGAUCUACGUUCGAACGAACUUCAUGCGCUAACUUUCGACAACAUCAAACCCAUACUGGACAAUUUAAAGCCUCUGAACAGCAAUUUGUUACUCGAGGAAAACAACUUCGCUUGCGACUGCAAUUUGAAGUGGAUGCAUGCACUGCGAAAUGAAACGAAGAGUCAAAACACCAAGGACUCCUUAGACACGGUCACUUGCAAAAUGGAUCCGCCCAUAGUCAGUUCUGCGUACAACAAAAUGCCUGAACCUGACACAGUAGAAUACAACCAUGACAUCCUCCACGCUGGCCUUACAAUCGAAACUUUGAAUGAUAAAAAUGUUACAGAGAAAAAAACUGGAGAUUUCAAAGAAUUGGUCGAAGCUAACGAUGUAACAGCUAAAAAAGGCGUGAAGCGAACAGUUCUUAAGAUACGUCCUGAAACCCUUCCCUGUCCUAAGACGACUGUUAAGUCUACCGAACCCCCCUACGUUAUAGACUCAGUAAUACCAAUACAAAAUGAAAUGAAAACGUUCAGAUUUCACGAAAGGAAUAGCUGCGGACUACUUAGUUUUAACUUAGCGUUAAGGAUUGCGUGUUUUGUGUUUUUCUUCACUUAAGCAAUAGCAAGUCAAUUUUCAGAACUAGUUGUUUAUGUAAGCAAAGUAUUUUAAGACUGUUUGUUGACUGCACAUUGAAUUUGUUGUAUAUUUUUAAUAUCUUCAAGUCAAUCAAUGAGAUUACAUUUAAAUGAUUAUUGUAAAAAUUAAGACUGAACUUAAAUUUUCUUCGCCUGGAAUAUACAGGCUACUUAGUACAAAGGCGAGAUCUUUUGGAUUCGUGUUAAAAGCAUAAUGCUCCUCACAUUAGCCGAAGAGCAAUUUCUAAAUAUUCUUUUGCCGUGAGCAUAUUAUUAUAAAAAGAUCUAGAAACAGCAUAAAUAAUCGCUAUUACCGUACUUUUAUAAAAAACAGAUUUCGCAUAACAACAAAUUAUAAAGACCAUUGCAUUAUCACAUAGCAGUCACCGUAUUAAUUGCGUAACUAAACUUUACCAUGACAUUUCUACGUAAUGGAACGCGAAAUGCUUUUGGGGACGUUCAGUUCCGUACAACUACCUAUAUAAUUGGAACGCAGUUGUAUCACUGUUUUCACGCUGUUAAAGAUGUAAACAGGUGUGACUGAGAUUACUUGAAGUAAAAACAUUAGAGUUCAUUUAAAGCUUAUAAAUGUUGUAGAAUUCUCGCCCGUUAUCACAUCAUGGGACGGAACACACGUGGCGCAAAGUAGGUGUCUUAAUUGCAUUCCUGCCCAAGUAGACAGUUGAAAAGAUCUUUGAAGAUAAAGACUUGAUGUGUGAUGUAUUUUAAUUUGGUGUCGCAAAAUGCAAAAAAUAUUAAGAACCAGUUUAAUUACGAUAUGUUAGGAUAGGCUAUCGUACCAAUACGUACUAGUGAUAUCAUCCGCCGAGUUACCGGGUUAUAUCGUCAAUGAGUUACAGAAGGAUAGUUUAAAAGCUGGUGGUGGUAUAUACUUUAUGUCCGCCCGGAUGGCUCCCACCGUACACAAGGUGUUAAAACCCGCCAUAGUGGCUCACAUAAGUGUGUCGCGUUCCGGGAUCAGCCUGUGUAUGUUCGGUUUCAACAGGCCGGCAUAAUUGUGUCGACUGUUGAGAGGUAAUCGUCUCUCGUCAGUUUACAUUCUAUUGGGCCCCACUCCACUUACCAUCAGGUGCUGUAUGGUCAAAAACAAAUUGUGUUCCUUUACUUAAUGCAUCAGAUCAUAGAAUUAAGUCAAUGAAUUUGUCGAAAAAUACGAAUUCAUUAUAUCUUUUUAGUUAUGUCUUCUGUUUAAUAGCCUGAUUAAGCGAAGAAUGAUCAUCAGCUGGCUUUUGUAGUUACAUUGUACGUUGCUUUUCUAAUUUUACUUCUAGCACUAAAUGUCUAUAAAUGUCCGUAGUCAUUAAAUAACUUAUAAUUAUAAUAUUAAUUAUUAUAUCUUAACCUGUCAUAACUGCAGCUAUGUUCUCCUACUUAUAUUAAUGGUAUUUGAAGUUAUAUAUUUUCAAUACGUUUUGAGCGUUAUUUCUAUACAUAUAUUUUCAGAUUAAGUUUGUAAAUUUUUCUAAUAAUCUGGAGCCUAAAUACGAGAUAUAUAAUCUCAAUUUUGAAUAUACAGUCAGGCACAAAAGUAGCUGAACAAAUUUAACACUUCAAAACGAUUCUUCACAUUCACCUCAGUCGAAAUUGUUGUCUUUAUCUAAAAUAAAGUAAACCCUUUGAAGUUUAUUUUAGUGAAGAAAAAGCGAUUAUUGUUUUGGAGACAAAAGUUUAAAGGAGAUUUGAAGUUUCGACUUUGUUUCACCACUUUUGUGGCUGACUGUACAUUUAAUAAAUGUAUAUAAAUACCCAUCAAUGUGCAGUCAACGAACCCAUCACAAAUCCAUAUAAAAUAAGCCACGGAAAAUCGCAAAAUUUUUCCUUCGAGCACAUUAUAUAUACGGUAUUGUAAACACAGCAUGUUAAUACAUUCAAUGUUCUAUAGCUAGUAAGACAUGUGAUCUCAUGUUAGACGUUCAUCUUCAUAAUGCCUGGUAUAGUCGCGGCGAAUCGAAUAGAAUCAAAUCGUAUUAUUGAUAUAUUUACUAUGAAACUUAUUAAGCCGCAGUUAGAUGAGGCAAUUUUUUUCCGGCAAAUUUCUUGAGACGAGUCUCACUUGUCAACACGGGUAAGAAUUGCUUCGCCAUUUUUCAAACGUGGCAACAUUUUUAUUUACUUUCAAGAAUCGCACGUGCAAGACGAGGAAAUUUGCUCCAUCUAAAUAAGGCCUUAGAGACGCGCCGCAGCUUGCCGAGCAAUAUCACCGCGUAUACAAAAUAAAUGCGAUCCGAUUGUUCUUCGAUUUUGUCCGAAUCCAUGCCGGGCAUAACGGUGAGGCAUUUUGUACAUGAGUUAUUGCGAGAAGCUACUACCCUAAUGCCAGAUUGAAACUGUCAAAUUCAAAAUAAUCAUUCACAGCAAAAGCAAGUGCAUUUGGAGAGAACCUUUCAUAAAAAUACGCAAAAAUUUAAUGUAAAUCUGUAUGUGGGACUUGAAAAGGGGCGGGUAGCGGAUGGAUCCGGGCUGCUCAAGACCGGGCUGGUUGGCGCUCUCUUGGGGAGGCCUACCUCCAGCAGUGGACGGCGCCAGGCUGAUUGAUGACGCAUGCGUACACAUACAGUGGGAAUAUCAAUUUAUUAAGUUAUUCAACUAGUUAUCGCUACGUAAAGUAAAAUGUUAUUAAUGAAACAGUAUCCGUCCCUUUGGUUCUGUAUUUACGCUUCAGAAAUUUAAUGAGUCUUCCAUCAAAACCUAAAACAGUAAAAUACUUCAAUUCCCAUCUAAUUAAGAACGACUUAAAAUAAAGUCCUUUUUACGUAUUAUUCUGGAUUACUCCGGGGACGCAAACUGGAGUGACAGAGAUGGAUAUAGGUAUACAAUAUACAACAGUUAGAAAGAGAGGUGGGAUAGCAUUGGCUCCGUAAUAAAAAUACCAUUACAAUCGUUUUAGUUGUUUGUGAAGCUGGUUUUCAUUAUGUUUUACUAGCUUUCAUUUUGUUGCGGAUUAUUUAAAAAAACUGCCGCUACGAUACUAUGACGUAUUAUGGAAAAAACGGUGAAGGAAUUAGGGUAAAACCGGGGGAUAUAACCGCACACGAGAGAUAGAUAAAUGAUUGAAUGAUAAAAUGAAUGAUAGUCAAAA